CGGGAGUAAGGGAGGGGGUGGCGUGACCACAUUUGACUCCAUUUGGAUUUAUGUCGCUUGUUGAUGUAAAAAGUUUUUUCUCGUUCUUCUCUGCUUGCACUUCCAGCAGAGCUCGUUGGCAGGCUCCGUCCUCACAGAGAGCCCGCACCAGGAUGGGUGCUCUCCCGGCGCAAAGGCUAUUAUGGAUGUGUGUUUUCAUUUUCACUGGAAUUACAGCCGUUUACGGUUCAAACGUCUGCACCUCCAGAGGGGCCAGUACAUGCAAGCAAUGUCUGGCUGUGCACCCCAGCUGUGCAUGGUGCUUCCAGGAGGACUUUGGCCAGGGGGUUGCCAGUUCUUCUCGCUGUGAUUUGAAGAGUAAUCUGAUGGCAGCAGGUUGUGCUCUAUCAGCUCUGGAGUUUCCAACCAGCAAACUGCAAGUGAUCGAGGACCGGCCCCUCAGCAACAAGGCUGCGGGGGCCACGCAAGACGUCACCCAGAUAAAUCCCCAGAAACUACACAUCACCCUGAGGCCAGAUGAUGCUAAGCGUUUCACAGUGAAAGUGCGUCAGGUAGAGGACUACCCUGUGGAUCUCUACUACCUCAUGGAUCUCUCCUACUCCAUGAACGAUGACCUCUUUCGCCUGAGGACGCUGGGCAAGGGCCUGGCCGAGGCCAUGAACCGCACCACCAGCAACCUCCGUAUGGGCUUCGGGGCUUUUGUGGACAAACCGCUCUCGCCCUACAUGUACAUCUCCCCCAAAGAAGCUGUUAAAAACCCCUGCUAUAGCAUUAACACCACCUGUCUGCCCCAGUUUGGCUACAAACACGUUCUGUCCCUGACGGAGGAGGUGGGCCGCUUCACAGAGGAAGUGAAGAAGCAGAUGGUGUCCAGGAACCGCGAUGCCCCAGAGGGAGGCUUUGAUGCCAUCAUCCAGGCUGCUGUGUGCAAGGAGCAGAUUGGCUGGCGCCCUGGUGCAUCCCACCUGCUGAUCUUCACCUCGGACGCCAAGACUCACGUGGCUCUUGAUGGUCGUCUGGCUGGAAUUGUGCAGCCCAACGACGGGCAGUGCCACCUCAACUCUGACAAAAUGUACAGCAUGUCUACCACCAUGGAUUACCCAUCUCUAGCUCUGAUCACAGAGAAGAUGUCGGAGAACAACAUUAAUCUCAUUUUUGCUGUCACCAAUCCUGUGGUUCCUCUGUACCAGAACUACAGUGAGCUGAUUCCUGGAACCACAGUAGGAACGCUGUCCAACGACUCGGGCAAUGUUAUUCAGCUCAUACUGAAGGCCUACGCUAAAAUCCGUUCCAAGGUGGAGCUGGAGCUUCAAGGCGUCCCAGAGGAGCUGUCUCUGUCCUUCAACGCCACAUGUCUGAAUGGAGAGCUUAUCCCUGGCCUCAAAUCCUGCUCUGGGCUCAAGAUAGGAGACACGGUUUCUUUCAGUGUAGAGGCCAGAGCUCGAGGUUGCCCCAAACAGAAGAAGAAAACCUUCAUCAUUAAGCCUGUGGGCUUCAAGGACUCCCUCUCUAUCACUGUCAAUUUCGAGUGUGACUGCAAGUGCCAGAACAAGGCCCAUCCCAAUAGCCCCAAAUGUAACCAAGGCAACGGCACAUAUGAGUGUGGCAUUUGCCUGUGCCAUCCGGGUCGCUUAGGGCCGCACUGCGAGUGUGCAGAGGGAGACUAUAACCCCACAGAGCAGGACCGCUGCAGCGGACCUGCAGGCUCUGGAGGACCUCAGUCCGCCAUCUGCAGCGGCCGUGGGGACUGUGUGUGUGGCCAGUGUGUGUGCCACAGCAGUGACUUUGGAAAAGUCUGGGGAAAGCUGUGUGAAUGUGAUGACUUCAACUGCCUGCGCUACAAAGGGGAACUGUGCUCAGGCCACGGCGUCUGUAACUGUGGUUUCUGCCAGUGCGCACCAGACUGGCAGGGUGAGAACUGUAACUGCUCCAGACGUACUGACACCUGCAUGUCAAACCUGGGCUUGUUAUGCAGCGGGAGGGGCCAAUGUGUGUGUGGGGCCUGUGAGUGCACCCAGCCUGGGGCCUACGGAGCAACAUGUGACAAGUGCCCCACCUGCCCUGACGCCUGCACUAUGAAGAAGGAGUGUGUCGAGUGUAAGCAUUUCAAGAGGGGAAAACUGUUUGAGGACAACACCUGCUCUCGAAUCUGCAAGGAUGAGAUUAUUCUUGUGGAUGAAAUAGUGCUUCAUGACACAAAUGCUGUGAACUGCACUUACAAAGAUGAAGAUGAUUGUGUGGAGCGUUUCCAGUACUAUGAGGAUGCCAGUGGAAAGUCCAUCUUGUUUGUUGUCAAAGAGCCAGACUGUCCCAAGGGUCCAGACAUUUUAGUGGUGCUUCUGUCGGUGGCGGGAGCCAUCUUGUUCCUCGGUUUGGCGGCUUUGCUUAUCUGGAAACUUCUGGUCACUAUUCACGACAGACGGGAGUUUGCCAAAUUUGAGGAAGAACGCGCUCAUGCCAAGUGGGACACGGGACACAAUCCUCUCUACAAAGGAGCCACAUCUACCUUCACGAACAUUACAUACAGAGGAAAAGACUGAUGCUACUGAACUGAACAAGGAUGAAGAAUGAUGGACGUUUACUGUCCUUUUGGGAAGGCACCAAAUCAUGUGCAGGCCUCUACUGUCACUAGACAAUAAAUAAUAAUUAUUUGUGUUUGUAAAUAUGUAGAAAUGAUUCUGAGGACACAUGUUAUCAGGGUGUUAUCAUCAACACCUAUACUACACUAAUAAAUUAGAUUUUGCCUUGUUUUUUUGUGGUUGACAAAGAACUUGUGUUGUGCUUAUUCACCCAAAUCAUUUAGGUACCUACCCCUACCCAUAUUAUCCAGCAAUGUACAAGAUAUGCUUUUUAUUUUAUUUGCCAAUAUACUAAGAGCCUCUGUUGUCUGGAAAGUUUAAAAAAAAUCUCUUUUCAGUUGCCAAUAUUUGGGCCGAUAACCCACAGCCAUUGCUGUGGAGGGUUGUCAUUAUUAUGUUUACGUCGGUUGGAAAAUUGUAUUAGAAGAAAACCAUUGGCAACAAGACCUCUAGAUCACUCUGAAUAUCUGGUCCCGGGAGUGAUAAAAACAAAAUGAUCAACAUGACUGGGUACUACUGAAGCUAAAUGGGUAAAUUCCUAAAAAAAGGGAUGUGGGUGAACUAAUCAUUGAAGUCAGUGGAAGAACAAAAGGGCGGAUAAUGCAAAUCAAACGUAAUUUCCUGAUCACAAUGUUGGGAUUUCCUGUUUUUGGUACUCAGUGAAACUAUGGCAAGAUAAACUUUAGUUCAGUGAAGUGCCAUGCUGGAGAUAUGAUGUGGUUUGGAGUAAACUGUUAAUUUACU